GUGAGGCGACAGCGCUAACCGCUACACCACCGUGCCGCCUGAAAUAAACAUCAUAGGAGGACUAUAUCAGCAUGGCAUCAGCUAAUGACAGCACCACAGAUGGAGACCAACAGGUUCCAGAUGAGGAAGAAGCGCCUAAAGUCAAAGAUAUCCAGUCCCACUACCUCCGCUGUCCUUCACCAAGCUUUUCGAUGAUGUCCGAUCGGUUUUCGACCAUCUCUGACCGCUUCUCCAUGAUCUCAGGGUCAGAUGCGGAGAGUAUAUUUAUGGACCCCAUUCAUCUAUCUUCAGCUGUUGCUGCAAAACAGAUCAUCAAUGAGGAACUGAAACCCAAAGACCUAAAGUUGCCCUCAACCCCAGAGAGCAUGCUGGAGGCAGCAGAGCAGCUAAUGGUGGAGGAUCUUUACAACCGUGUUAAGGAGAUGAUCGAUGAUCGCAGCCCCUAUAACACACCCUGUGUUUUGGACAUCCAAAGGGCUCUAGUUCAGGAUCGCCUGGAGGCUCCAGUGAACCCUGUGGAUGAAGUCUGGCCCAGUAUCUUCAUCGGGGAAAAAUCAGUUGCCGUCAACAAAGCCCGUCUGAAGCGUCUUGGCAUCACUCACAUCUUGAAUGCUGGCCAUGGUACAGGUGUCUACACAGGCGAAAGCUUCUACCAGGGAAUGAACAUCACCUACAUGGGUAUUGAAGUUGAUGACUUCCCUGAUGCAGACAUCUCGCCACACUUCCGACCAUGUGCAGAGUUCUUGGAUGAGGCUUUGCUGACACAUAGAGGAAAGGUUCUGGUGGACUCUAUGAUGGGAGCAAGCCGACCAGCAGUAUUAGUUGCCGCUUACUUAAUGAUCUUUCAUAACAUGACAAUCAUGGAGGCAUUGAUGGAAAUAAGAAAGAAGCGUGCAAUAUCCCCCAAUGAGGGCUUCCUAAAGCAGCUCCGUGAGCUUAAUGAGACAUUAAUGGAGGAACGAGGUGAAGAUGAUGAUGAUAGUCAAAGCCAGUCUUCUGUAAUUGACACUAGGGCUCGGCUUGAUGAGGAGGAAAGCAUGUUUGGUGCUAAGGUCAAUUCCAUCAUGGUGGAAGAGGAGGAGGACAGUGUGAGUGUUAUGAGUAGUAUUGCUUCAUCUGCCGCUGCUGCUGCCCUUAAAGCAGGGAUUCUUGGAGGCACAAUUGAUCGGUCGACGAGGGCAGUGGACCCUUGUCUGCCUGGGAAUGAUAAAGAUGAAGAUGAAGAUGUAGACAAAAUGAUUCAGGAGUGGCAGAAGCGAAAUGAGAAGUACCAAAGUGAAGAGUGGUGGGAGGCCCAGCUCAUGUUUGAUGAGGAUAACCAUGGGUCUGUUGCAGGGGGGGGAAAUAGGAGGGUUCCACGGCCGGAGGAUCUAGAAAGUGUGACCAGUGAGGAUGUGCAGAUGGUGAAAGAGCAAAUUAAGCGCCGACCUCACCGGCCCGCCUCAGACUCAAUGUCUACUGCAAGUUGCAGUAGCUAUACUGACCUAUGGAAAGAGCGCCUAAGAGAGAUUGAGGAACAGGCAGCUGCAAGAUACCGUUCCAAAGAACAAGAUGAGGAUGCAAGUAGUGAAGCAAACCAAAAGAAGAUAGAUGAUGAUUUAGAGAGUAUAAUGUCUGACUCAAGCUCUAUGUACUACUUCUGCCAGAAGAAUAAAGAAAAACUGACUCCUCUUGAACGGUGGCAGAUUAAGAGAAUACAGUUUGGUUGGAAUAAGAAAGACAAGAAGGCAGAGGACGACAAUGGUGAAGAAAAGGAAGGUGAAGUAGAAACCCUUGCUCCUUCUCUGGAAGAUGUCAAUUUAACAGCCUAUCAGACAUGGAAGCUAAAGCAGCAGAAGAAAUAUGGUGGUGAGGAAAAUAAGGAUGAGCUUCUGGAGAUGAGUCGUGGAGAAGACUCAGCCACAGUGAAGAGAAGACAGCGGAGGGAAGAACUACUUGUGCGCUCUAGAAAAACACUAGAAGAGAGCCAAUCAGUGUGUGGCUGGGAAACUGAAAGCUCCCUCAGUACUGGUACCAUCCCACUCUCUGCUUUCUGUGCUGGUGCUUUCCCUUCUGCAAGUGUUGUAGGAGAUGAUAACAUGUCCAUAUUAAGUGGCAGAUCAUCUGUUCACUCUGGCCGAAGCACACAUUCCCAAUCUACAGUCCCACCAGCACCACCUGAGCCACCCGUGCCUGUUCUGGGACCCAAUGGGGAACCAAUGGUUAACAUAGCAAAUAUCCAAAACUGGAUUGCAAAUGUGGUCAAUGAAACACUUUUGCAAAAGCAAGCAGAAAUGAUGGGAGGAAGCCUCCCUCCAUCACAAGCAGGAUCAGUUUUCAGUCUGGGUGCAGGCUCGGCUGUGGGACCCAGCCGUAGAGUGGACGAUGAUAAGUCCUCUGUACUAAGUGGAUUAUCCUAUUCUAGUUUGUCUCGCAAUAAGGCCGAAUCUGGGCUUUCAGGUGGAGGUAGAGCUACAUCUGUAAUUUCUGCAGGUAGAAGGGCUGAAUCUGUUCUGUCUGCUGGAGGAGUAUCUAGACUAUCCUCUGAUUCUGGAUUAGGCCCCCGUAAGAGCAAGAUCACCACCACUAGCGUACCUCUUUAUAGCUUAUUUGAAGACCAAGUAAACCUGCACAAGCUUGACACAAUGGAAAAAGAAAUUAAAUCAGAUAUGAGAGAUAAGAUGGCUGCCUAUGAAAUGAAGAAGAUUACAGAAGACAACAAACGUAGUACAUUGUAUAAAAAGAAAAAGCCAAAGGAUGAGGAUGAAGACAAAGAAGAUAAAAGUGGCUUUGGAAAGACCACUGGUGAGUCAUCAGCCCCUUGUGAAAAACCUAAAAGAGACUAUGGCCGUUCAGGAAUUCUCCACCUUCCAGCCACUGCAAACACCAAUCAUACUAUUGAUGACUGGCUCAAAAAUGUAAGACCACCCUCCAGUAAACCAAGAAGUUAUGAAGAUACAACUGAACCUCGUAUGUGCAGGCCAACAUACGAAGAACCUCCUGAGCUUUCUGAGUUUGAUUUUCCAAGCCGAAGAAGCUCAGUUGCAGUGCUUCUAGAUGAUGAAGAGGACUAUGGCUUUGCAUCAAGAUUUUCUUCACGAGAUGAGGUUGACAAUGAAUCUGAUUUAAGCAGGGAUCCCAGUCCAGAAUUCAACUGUCACUCUAGGAGGAGGCCCCUUGGAGAAGAGGACUCUUUCAGUGGAACGUCAGAGUCUAGUCAUUACCAAAAUGGGAGACUCUACACUAGACAUGAAAUGGAAGAAGAGGGGAGUUACCAAGAGUACUCAGCAAAGCGAAAAUUUACACCUUCAAGAUUUGAUGAAAAUGCAACGACUACAGGAAGGACUCGAACACGACAAGAAAGUGAAGAUGAUGAGGAAAUAUCUGCUUUUAUCAGUCAGAUCAGACAGAGGGCAAGAGCACGUGUGGCAGAGGAAUUAGAUGAUGGUGAUGAAGUUCUUGCUGCGUGGAGGAAACAACAGGAGUCAAAGUAACUUGCUAAUAAAAAGGACUCAUAACCACAUAGUUGGUUCCUUUGCAGAGGGAUUUAUGGGGGAACUUUCACAGAACUGGCCUCUAAUUAAUAAAAUUAUACUGCAAGGCUUCUGCUUUACCUCGACGAUGUCACGAAGCAGAAAUUUGUAAUUUAAAAUGCAAUGCCUCAAUGUCUUCAGUGUUUUUGAAAACCAAGAAACACUGAACAGUUAUUAAUCUCUUGUACACUAACUUACACUUACUGGCCACUUUAAUAGGAAUACCUGUACACCUGCUCAUUCAUGCAGUUGUCCAAUAAGCUAAUGACAAAUGCAUGAAAUCAUGCAGCUACAGGCCAAGAGCUGCAGUUCACAUCAAAUAGGAUGGGGAGAAAGUGUGUUCUCAGUUGAUCAGCUGUUCUGGGCAUUACAGGAACUACUGAUCUCAUGGGAUUUUCACAAACAGUCUCUAGAGUUACACAGAGAAUGGUGGUGGGGGUAACGUCCAGUGAGCAGCAAUUCACUAGUUAUUUGAUUUACCACAGCCUUGAGUUAUCUCAGUUUGAACCAGUCUGGUCAUAUUUCUUUGACCUGUCUCAGCAACAAGGCAUUUCCACCGGCAGAACUGCCUCUGACUUGGUGGGGUUUUUUUUCUUUUUCUGUGUAAACUCCAGUAAUUGUGAUAAUUGAUUGGAUAAUUGUAUGAAACAGUAGUUAUUCUAUCCACAUUCAUUGGAUCUGAGCAAUCAUGCACUCUGAUUGGCUACUGUACUACUAGGCUAUAGAUGACUUGCAACCACGUGAUCAAAAUGUGCUACGUCAUGAGCGUCCGCCAUGAUGGUGGAUAUACAAAGCAACUAGAUGGCAGCCACUGAAAGCGUGUCUGUAAACAAUGCUGAAUUUUCUCAGUAUUACCACGAUUUGAACGGUCGAGCGAAGAUUCAAUACAAAGAAGAUAGACAUGUGUGGUUUUGACCCAUAUUAUUUAAAAAAGUCAGACUUUUCUGAGGAUAAGAUGCUUCUACCGACCAUCGAGCACCCAGAUAUCGCGUUCUAUCUGGUUUGGCAGACUUCAUGGGUCGACAAAUCUCAAAUGAAGGCUUAUAAGUCCAUGGAAGCCUAUAACAACUUUGUCUCUGGAUGGGUAAAUACCUUGUUAAUUAAACCAGUCAACAAUGACAAAGCAGUUGUACUUGCUUCCGCAAAUUCAGCUGUCUUCCUCCUCCUUUGAGUUCUUUGGUGUUGUUCGGCUGCUGCAGAAUCAAGUCCGACCUUGGCUGAAACAUAGCCCAUGUUCUGAGUGGGUGCCCAGUCUGGAUUGUUUCUAUCAUACAAUUUUGCCUCCUAGAAACGAAAUGGCAAUAUGUGUUAAAAUUAUAACACGACCGAGUGAACCUUGACAAGAGAACGCUCAAUUUAUAGCACAAUUCUAGCAACACGAAAUAAAAUUCUUCCAUGAUAUUAUUGAGAAAGCUUUUGAAUCUCACCUGAGAUAAAAUGAUUACUGCAAAUAUGAGCUGUUUUGGUUUUAGCCUCUGUUAGAUCAGCCCUGCUGAUGUUGUUCAGCCGUGCUCAUCUCCUCUCCGUACAAAACCUCAGAGUUUCCUCGCCCUCUUUCCGAAUCACGGACGGAAUUCUAAAAAAUCGGAACGUGCCACGGUCACAAGUACUGUUGUGACCACAACCAUAUACAGCACAAAGAUAUGUGGAAAAACAAAGAGAGUUGUGCACGCAUGACUAUGUUUUGUAUGGAAUGUCGCUUGACCCCACAUUUGUAUAUCCACCAAUAUAGCAGACAUCCGGGUUUCUAUUUUGCUUUGACAUCACUUGCAAGUCAAGGAUCAGCUCGUAUACCGUGAGUAGAGACGAACAAAAUGGCGGCGCGUGUUGCUGAACCAACCGAGGAUGAAAUAAAAACUCUACUCAAAAACAAAACCCCCCAAAAAUACAAAAAAGCAACAAAAUUUGGAAUGAAAGCAUUUGAUGGUAAGAAUGUAUCUUUUUUUAUUUUUCAAGAAUUAUUACUAUAGCAUUUUUCACAAAUUGCUCCUGUCAUUUCGCCGGUUUGCUUACAUUAUAAGCAUAAAUGAUUUUGUCGGACAUUUUGUAUGAAGUUUUUAUUUAUUGAAUUUGCUAAAAAUAAAAAUGUCCUGUUUCUCAAAAUCCAGUGAAUAUGGAUAGAAUAAAACAGUUAUUCCACUCAAUCUCAUCGUACAUGGCUUAUAGCCAACUCAGCGCUACGCACCUCGUCGGCUAUCAGCUCAUAUACGACUCGAUUUCGUGUAAUAACUGUUAAGUAUACAGAUGUUCUUAAUAAAGUGAUAGUGAGUGUACAUUCGUUCUUGAAAAUAAUUCUACAGUGGUGUCUACUACACUUUUGACUCU